ACAAGAGAGCACCGCGGCCGUCUCCCCCACUCUCCAUUAGCCUGAUAAUUAUUUAAUCUAAUCCAAGUUUGUGAAAAGGAAUCUAAACUUCAGUCGACAGACUGCCUCCAGUGGAAACAGUGGCUGCCUUCAACAGCGGACUCGACACUCUCGAAUAAAACAGCGCACCAUCAUGUUUCUUCAUCAUCCCUUAGUAGGUCUUAUUCCCUACACUCUGGUCCUAUUCGUAACCAUCAUCUCACUAAGCCAAUCGAUGACGACCGUUUCCAGAUCGAUCGAUUUAAGCCUCGACUCACGCAUCUUCGAGAGUGACAGCUUGCCAACUGAUGAACUGGAAAUGCCUAGCAUUGGCAACGGCCAGCUGGCCACCGGAAUUUAUACAGACACGGUCUACAUGAACGGCCUUUACAACGGUGAAAAGGGCGAGUCCCAUCGAGCCCGAAUUCCAUCUCAAAUCAAUAUCCGUAUGGAUGUUACGUCCAACAUCAAUGCCGCCCAGCAACGCUUCAUCUUAGAUACAGAAAAAGGGAUGUUUAUCGAAAGAGUGACGUUAGUCGAUGGCGCUAUCGUGGAGCAAAGGACAUUCGCCCAUCGGGCAAUAACGUCUCUGCUCAUCACUCAAAUCACCAUCGAUUUCAGCCAAUCAGUCAGCGACUUGGUGACGCUAUCCUUGUCCGAUAAUCCUGGCCCAGUGAGCGAUGACAUCGCAUUUACUCCAUCGCAAAAUUAUACGCAAGGUUUACCGGGCAAAGAACAGACUGGGCAAACCAAAGUCGUCGAAGAUGUCCAAUAUCAAAGUAGUCUUACCAACGUCACCGUCAUCUACUCUGAAGUACCGGAGAAUAUAACACUAACCAGGGAUGCACCUUCAAUCACCUUUAUCAUGUCGAUUGCUUCUUCUUAUGAAGAAGCUUCCAGCGCUUAUUCUCACGGUUACAAUUUGACGCAACAAACGACGAGUGAAUUAUAUCAAACUCACGUCGAUCAGUGGAAGAAAAUUUGGGAUUCCGGAAACAUUUUAAUGGAAGGCCCAAAUUUGGAACUGGCCAAGGUGGUUUGCGGCAGCAUGUAUUAUUUGCUGAGUUCUCUGCCCAACGAACCGAUCGACGCCAAUCGUCGUCGUUUCAGCGGAUUAAGUCCCGGCUCAUUAGCCAACGGCGCAUUCCUCCGAGAUUACCAGGGCCACUCGUUUUGGGAUACGGAAACGUGGAUGUUUCCGCCCGUUUUGAUGCUGUGGCCGUACGUGGCCAAAGAUUUGCUGCUCUAUCGCAUGAGCAAUAUUCGUGCGGCGCGCGACCGAGCCGCAGGAUCGAAUAAUCAGGGCGCCCGUUUCCCCUGGGAAUCGGCAUUCACCGGCACCGAAGUGACUCCCGACUGUUGCCCAGAGACUCGCGACAACCAACAGCACAUAACAGGCGACAUUUCAUUCGCUUCGAGACAAUAUUGGGCGGCUACUGGCGAUACUAAAUGGCUUUAUGGAGAGAACUAUAGUUUCCCAUUAGAGAUUAAUGGAUGCAAUUUCAUCCGAGAAAUGGCGCAAUUUUGGGCCAGCCGAGCGGAAUACAACUUGGCUACCGAUCAAUACGAAAUCAAGGGCGUCAUGCCGCCAGAUGAGGACCAUCCCUAUGUUGACAAUUCGAUUUAUACCAACGUGAUUGCUUCGUAUUCCAUCUUUUUCGCCAAGCACGCGGAAUGCGAAUGCGGUGCUUGGAUGACGGGCGACGUCCCUGAAACUUGGUUGGACGUGGCACGAAAAAUGAAAAUUCCGUUUGAUGCUGAACGCAAUUAUCAUCCAGAAUUCGACGGCUACCAACCAGGGGAGACCAUCAAACAAGCCGACGUUGUCCUUUUGGGUUUCCCUUUGAUGUACGUCACAGAUCCCGUCGUGCGACGUAACGAUUUGGACAUUUAUGAAAAUGUCACAAGAGUCGACGGGCCGGCAAUGACUUGGUCCAUGCACGCCAUUGGGCAUUUGGAAUCCGGCGAAGAAGCCAAAGGUGCAGCAAUGCUCAAUCGCAGUUAUCAACCUUAUCUUAUCGAGCCCUUUAAGGUGUGGAACGAGGCGCAGAAUCACAAAGGUGCUUUCAAUUUUAUCACUGGAAUGGGCGGAUUCCUCCAGUCCAUUCUAUUCGGCUACGCUGGAUUACGUUUGACUGUUGAAAAAUUAACUUGCAAUCCAAUUUUGCCGCCUGGCAUUACCAAUUUUACUCUUCAGGGAAUGGAUUAUUUAGGCUGCUCAUUUGACAUUAACAUGCAAAUGAGCACGGUCGAAAUCAAGUGGAAUAAUGGAAGCAGCUGCGAUGCUUUGGAUAUCAUUCCCGAUCAAGUGAAAGACAACAAAGUCGUGAGUUACUCGGAUGGACGAAUUAGUUUUACUCGAGGAUCAUUUACGAUUAAACGAAAAAUCCCGCUGGCUUGCCCACUACCCGAUGGAAACAAUUACGUCAAUUCCACUGGCCACCUACUAGCCUUCAACUCUAUGUUUUUGUUGACUCUUUUAGUGCUAUCCAGAUCAUUGUUGGGAAAAAUUGUACCUUUGUAACAACAAAAAGAGAAUCAACAAACAACCAAAUUCAAAUAAAUAAUAAUAAUAAUAAAAUUUCUUUAUAUUGGACAAAGGCACAGCAAUUCCAUUUUGUAUGCGACCAACCGUGAAGUAGUAAUUAUAAUGUUGAAUGAAUAAUCGAGAAACAAAAGUAA